GUUUUUAUAUAAGUCAAAUAUGGCUGCUUGUUCAUAGUCAAAAUUACAAUCUCAAUAACAAGUAGAUAUAUAAUUAAACAAUUAAAAAAUAAAUUACUGGAGUAUUAAUAUUUUAAUUAAAAAAUAAUGGUAACUCCAGUACCAACUGGUCUUGUAACUCAUGCAAGAAGAGUAUGCAGCCUUUACAAAAGAGCUGUGAGAAAUUAUGAAGCUUGGAAUACUCUUUUUGUCCAUUGGAGAUAUGAUGCUGUUGUUGUACGUUCACGUUUUGAUAAAAAUAAAGACAUAAAAGAUUUACGUCUUGCAAAACAUUUAUUAAAAGAAGGUGAAAAAGAACUUGAAUCAAUUUUACAUCCAGCUCCAUUGUAUUUUGCUGAAUCAUUUGAAGGUGUUGCUUUUGAACGUGAAGAAGAAUCACCAGAUUGGGUAUUGGAUUAUUGGCAUCCAACUGAAAAAGACAUGUAUCCAAAAUAUUUUGCAUUAAGAGAAAAACGUAAAAUUGAAUAUGAAGAAUUUUACAAAAAACAAUAUCCAGAUGCACCAACACAUUUUUCUGCUGAUCAUCAUUAGAUGCUAUUAUUUUUCAUGUAAUUAAAAGAAAAAAAUAAUAAUAAAACAAAUAUAUUGUAGUAUCAAAUUUACUGGUGAUUAAUAUACAUAAUAAAUUCUAUCAAAUAAUA